AUGCGGCGAGUGUUCAUGCUAUCUUACAUUGAGUCUGUUGGAUGCGGUCGAUGUUUCCGAGUGAACUAUCUCAGUCGGUCAGCAAAAUGGCUUCAUCUUGGGAAGCUCUUAGCACUUUUAGUUAUUCCACUAUUUGGCGGCUGGGCUUUCACCCUCUACUCUAUCACCGACAGCGUGAUUGAACAGGAUUACACAGCGCGUGGAACGAUGCAAAGGGCCUUGUUUAUUGGACGAAUUAUAUUCCACAUACAGAAAGAGAGGGACAUGUCAAUUCUGUACAUAAGCAAAAUAGGUCCGGGAACUAAAUCCUUCCUGAUUGCUGAGUACGAUAAAACGGACGAUGCAUUUUCUGAGAUGUGGGACUGGCCAUUGGAAUUUGCGACUAACCCGAACAAGAACUUUAGAACGAAAAAGAAUCUGCUAAAGUAUAUCAAUGAGCACCGUGUAGCUCUUGACUCUGAUAAUUCCAGGGUUUUUGAUGAGAUACAGUUCUAUUUGGACAUAGUUGAUUUUCUGAUGGAGUGGAUGGUGGACAACAUCAAAGACAGUGGUUUUGGGGAUACCUGGAAGACGCUGGUGGUGUUUCAAAAGAUCACAAGAUGUACGUUAGAUUCCGGAGCAGAACGAGCUUAUGGAGCAAUGUUUUACGCUCAAGGCAAUUUUCCGAGUGAUGCUUUCUACGAUUUUUACUUCCGCCGACUUGCAAGGUUUACCUACAGCUACAAAAGUGCAACAUAUUAUUCAGAUUUGGUUGAUCCUCUUCUUGACGAGCGAACUGAUCAAAAAGUAUACACAGAGGCUAUUAGAAACCUAAGGUAUGAGAUAAGGCGAAGUAAUUUCACUGCAGAUUAUACGUCUCUUGAAAAGGCGCAAGUAUAUUUUGAUAAUGCUACAUUUAGGAUUGACUAUCUCUAUAGACUGCAAGAUAUGCUUGCGGAUAGAGUUGCGCGUCGAAUUAAUACAACCAUCCGGAUAUACAACAUGGAAAUAAUCAUCUACAGUGUUGUUGCAUCUGUGAUUAUUGCAGCUUUCCCUGUAAUCGUAUAUUUUCUCGAAAAGCUAACCAGCAGUAUGCAGGCGUAUUCCAAAAUCUUAGUCAAAGCCUCAACAAAUCUCAACGAGGAGAAAAGCAGGACGGAUUCGCUUAUAUAUCAAAUGUUGCCGAAAUCCGUCGCAGAUCGGCUUAAACGAAAUUCCAAGGUAGAAUCUGAGUUUUUCAAAUCGGCGACUGUCAUGUUCACAAGCAUUGUUAGUUUCACCCAACUCAGUAUAGAAUACACGCCGAUGGAUUUGGUAGAACUCCUGAAUGCCUUGUAUACGACAAUGGACAGCAGAUUGGAAAAACACGAUGUUUAUAAAGUGGAGACCAUCAAUGAUACAUACAUGGUUGUUUCAGGUGUUCCCGUUCCAAAUGACGACGGGCACGCGAUGGAGAUAUCGUAUCUUGCUCUAGACAUUGUUGGCAUGCUGAAACAACACGUGCAUCUCGUACCGCGUAUCAAGAUACCCAUUCAGCUCCUUGUUGGAGUAAGCUCAGGUUCCGUGUCUGCCGGGAUAGUAGGAACCGUCAUGCUACGUUACUGUCUCUUUGGCGAUACGGUGAAUAUUGCAUCCCGAAUGCGCUCAUGUGGACUGCCAAACAGGAUACAUAUCAGCGAUUCAACAUACAGAAACCUCAAGAAAACUGGGAACUUCAACAUAAAGAGUCGAGGCUCAAUUAAUGUCAAAGGUAAAGGGGAUAUGAAUACAUAUUGGCUCGUUGACGCGCUACAACCCAGAACUGGAAAGUCAAGUAGUGAUCCAUGGCAGCUUCCGGGAGAGAUCGACAGUAUGCUCGACACGAGUUCACUGGGCAGUCAACCGGAUGUGAAUACUGGCAUCACCAGGGAGAAGCCGAUGAGAUACGAGAAGAAAGCUCCUAGGAAACACUCAUCGGUCCAGAUGGGGACUGAGCCAAGGGAGGGCGGCUCUUGGAGGAUCAAAGAAGAAUGGGAGUUAUGA